UCACAGUCUGAUUAUGUAGUAUGUUUGCAAAACAUUUUUCUAAAAAUAUUUCAUAGAUAUUUUUGCAGCGUUUGUUCCCUUUCCCCCUGGCCAUGGAGAAUUUCAUUUUGCUGAUCAGAUCAAAUGAAAGUCAUGAGUUUUAGGCUUAAUAAAGUGGCACAAGAAGAUUUGUCACAAUAUUAAAGUUACAUCAAAUCAUAAUGAAAUAAUUUUUGUUCAUCAAUUCAGUUUGUUACUGAUUACCCUGUAGGUAUAAAAUCUGUGUUUCUUGGCUUAUACUUUAAUUAUAAAAAUUGUAGGACACAAUGGAAACAUCAACAGAUUACAAACAUUAUGAGCAAAUGUGGCAAAAUACUAUUUUACCAGUAGUUUAAAAUGAGUUUUAGUUUAUUAGAACCAUUCUAAUAAAGAUUGACUUUCUUUAAAAAAGGAAAUCUCAGUGUACAUGCAAAUAGCAAAGUAAAACUAUGGUAGGGGUUGUAGGGAAUAUUUCUGCUUGUUUUAAUAUUUGCUAGUCCUGCUUUUAUUGGAAUUUUGAUUCAGAUUCCCAACUUCCAUGUAAUGGUUUUAAUUGUCUGUCUCGCUUCUCUCUUGUGGGUAGCAGAGAGUUAAGAACAGCAUGGUUCUAGAAAGAAGAUGGGCUCUACUAGGUUAACUGCAAAAGAACUAUGUGAGAAUGAUGACCUUGCCACAACGUUAAUUCUUGACUCCUACCUUGGCUUUAAGACUCAUAAAAUGAAUGUAAGCCCACUCCCAGCCAUCAGGAGAAAGCACCACUUACGGGAGGCAGUAGAAGCUUUCCGGAAGCGCAAGGACCUAGAAGCAUCAUAUCAAGCCUUGAUGCAGGGUGGCUGGGCCUGCCAGUAUUUUGCAAACCGGAGCCAUCAGCAGGAAGCUGCCUUCAAGACUCAUAUUUUUCGGUACCUUCGCAUUUUCCUUCCCGAGAGUGGUUUUGCCAUCAGACGCUGCAGUCGAUAUUCCUUAGAAAUAAACGGAGCCCGGGUAGUGUCUACAAAGUCAUGGAGAAAGAAUGAUAAGCUGGAGCUUUUAGAAGGCUACAUUGCAGAACUGACAGAACCCGAUGAAAGCCUCCUCCGAGCAGGUGAAAAUGACUUCAGCAUCAUGUACUCCACCCGGAAACAGUGUGCCCAGCUUUGGCUAGGGCCUGCAGCCUUCAUUAAUCAUGACUGCAGACCAAACUGUAAGUUUGUCCCAAUGGAUGGGAACACUGCUUGUGUCAAGGUGCUGCGGGACAUUGAGCCAGAUGAUGAGAUCACAUGCUUCUAUGGUGACGGCUUCUUUGGGGAGAACAAUGAAUUAUGCGAAUGCCACACUUGUGAAAGGAAGGGGGAAGGAGCUUUUCGGCUCCUGAAUCGGACUCCAUUGCUAGCUACCUCAAUCAGUGAGAAAUACCUACUGAGAGAGACAGAUGGCCGUCUGCAGAGGUGGAAAAAUCAGUCUUGCAAACUUGCUCAACGUAAUGUGAAAGCGGGACACAAAGCCCGGCGCAGGAAAUCACGAUUACAUGGUGCUGUACACAGAUAUACCACUCGCUGGUAUUUUAAGAUGCUCAAGCCUUUAUAUAUCCCACUGCACAACUGCUUGGCCUGCAGAACACGUGGAUGCAAGCUCCGUAAGCAGCCUCUGGUGUGUCUGCUUCGUUGUCCUUCUCCUAUGUUAUCUGUAUUGCACCUCAGGCAGUCUUUGGGAAACAAGAAUUGCUACGCCCAGCAAAGCUGCUCUCUUUUAAAGAUGCACAACUGCCCUGAAAGCUCUGAUUUGGCCAACCAGGGCAGCCUGGUAGUGAAUCUUGGGAAGAGAAUUCCCUUGGACUGGGCAAGGUUUCAUAGGGAAGUAGUGUGUGACAUUACGGAGGAAAAAUCUUACAACACUAGUCAGGAGUUUAGCCAGGGGACUGAGGAAUAUGAUUCAAGGGAUAUGGAGAGUCAUGCUGAUGUUAAAGAAACCCACGAAUCAGGAUCUGGGGUUCUCCAUUCGGGAGAGCAAAUCCCCCUUGAUUCUUCAGGUUCUCUUUCAUCCAGUCAGGUCUUGUGCAGAACAAGGAGCACGGCCCAGCGCCAAGCUCAAGUUUUGCCCCAAUCUCAGUUGUCAUUAUCAAUGGUAGACCCCAAGCUUUCCCAGUAUGCUCAUGUCCGCCUGGAAGGCCCACUUUUUGGAGGCAGGCAAUGCUGGCAGCAGCCCCCUUCAGACAAGACAGAGAAGGAACAAGCGGAGGAGCAGCAUCUUCCUAAGCGGAUGGUUUCCUUUCCUCCUUUUGUUCCACCCAAACGGCUUCGACUGGUAGUGAGCCAUGGUUCCAUCAACCUCGAGGUAGCUGCAAGCUCCUGUGAGGAGAUGUCUUGAUCUGGCUGAUCUCCUGUGAUUGAAAACAAGACUUUAGCUUCUUACUGAAUUUACCCAUGAUAACCAUCUACCAGAAUUUGCCUGAAAUUAUCCAUCUUUUUGUUGUGCCCUUCUCCCCAUCACCUUGUGUGGGUUGAUAACAUCUCUUCUGAAGUAAUGUCCCCAGGUGGGCACAAGGCUGCCUAUGCUAAAAACAUGGCCUUGUGUUCCACUCCUACUUUUUUCCACUGAAACUGAUAUUUCAGUUAUCUUUCCAGAGUACUUCCUUUAUCACUUCCUCACUAUUCCUUUAAAAAAAUUGUUCUCCACUACUUUGCCAAACUUUACUGUAUAGUCUUGAAACUUAAGCCAUAUAGUAGACUGCAUGGAUGCUUUGGAUUGCCUCCUGGUCUUUUCUUUGAACUCUACUUUAUCUCCCACAGAGUCCUUUCAUCUUUCUACUCUCGUAUCUCCAUGCUCUGGUUUAUAGUACUGUAGUCAUAGACUUCUUGACAGAUGGACAUGGUAAUUUGGCAUUUAUUGUCCCUACAAAGUGAGGCAGAAUUGGUGAAGUGACUUGUGGAGAAAAGAUAACCAGCAUCUAAUCAGGGAAGUCUCUUUAAAACUUAUUGUGAGAAAACCAGCAACCAGAAGUGCACAUUGGCAUGCAGCCUAAACUGUUCAGUCCAUUUAGCCUGGAGGCUGCUCUUUGCUAAACAGGCUUAUAUAGGGAAUUAAAUGUUCUUGCUCCUCUUCUUUUGCCUCACUGUUUGGGUGCCUAUUGUUACAAGACAGCUAAUUUUCUAGUUUUGGAAGCUACUUUUAUAUUAGUUAAUCUGUGUGACUUGUUUCUUCUCCCAGCCAGAGUUUUAAACAGGUGUCUGCUGGGGCUUUUUAGAAUCUUAAUGAAUUUUAGAUAUUCAGGUGUUUUAUAUUUGAUAAAGUUGAGCUGCUUGGCUCAGGGGCAUUGUGAUAAAGGGGCUUCCUUCCAUGAGAGACUGAUGGGCAGGAUAAAAGUUUUACUCAGUUUAAUGUGGCCUAACUCGGUUCAAAGUCACAUAUGGUAAGUGAAUUUGCUGUAUAGUUUUCCCAUUCAUCUUGCCAUGAUAGGAUUUUGAACAGGUAGGGCACAUUCUGGUGUUAGAAAUCUGAGCGCAAGGUCUAUGGGGAGAGGUGGUGGCAAUUGAAUGGGUGAAACGUUGCGAUUAAGCUUUUCCUUUAAGUGCUUGCUUUGUUUUGAAAUUUUGUGGAAUCCUUUGUGGUGUUGACUUUGGAUACAUAUCCAAGAGUCUUAGGAUAGCCUGAUGUUCCUUUUCCAACUCCUCUUUUUUUGUUUGUUUGGUAUUGUAGUUUGGUGCGGUUAGCAUUAGAAAAGCUUGUCUAGAUGACUUGAAGGUCAUGUUAAGAUAGGGAUUAAGCUGUGCACAUUUGAGAAUAAAUUCCAGUAAAUUUAGACUUUCUGUUAAAUACCUUUGGGUAGAAUCCAGCAAAGGUUCUUUGAGCUCCGAAGUUGGAAAAUCUGAAUUAUAGAGCUUUUAGAAUAGAAUUAGUUUGUCUGGCAUGCAUUUUUGGUCUGAGAUACAUAAUGUAUUGCAAUUUUGGAUUUUUCAAUGCUCUGCAAAAUAGGUGCUGAUUCCUGGGAAACCACUAUAAUUUUGAAAGUAGUUUUUAGGUACUAGCUUUGAAAAGCUAGGAUGAGCUGAUGCUGUUCAACCUGUCCUGAGAAGGAAAUCUUAAGAAGAAUAGACAAUGCAUACUCAUGUAAAAAUAUCAGAGAAACAAUACAGACACAGAGACAAUAGUCCACAAAUUGAUUGGGAUGGCAUAACAAUAGCAUAUUUUGGUAACAAUUUGGAUAUUUUCCUAUAGGUGAUUCAUAUGAUUGUCCAGAAUUACCACUGUCUAUGGACAUUCUUUUACUCUCCUAGACCUAUAUGAAAAAAGAUAGUUUAAAAAAAUGUUAGUGAACUUGAUAAAUGUGGUCUUCAACUUAUGACCAUAACUGGGACUAGAAUUUUGAUUGCUAAGCAAUGCAGUCAUAAAGUAAGAUGUAAUGUGGCCACAUUACUCAGUGACCACAAUCUUGGCAGUUCCUGUCGCUGCGGUUAAGCAAAUUUUACUGGUUAUUAGCCAAGGACCCACCCCAAGCCUCCCAGGAUUGGUCUUUCCAUACCUCAGCCUUAAUAAGGUAAACUCCACCAACCUGCCUAUCUCCCCCCCUACCCAAUCUCUGCAUUUUUGGAUGUCCUGCACCCUGCAGCUGUUCCACUUCUAGUUGCCCUUGCCAUCUGGCACUCCGAGACCCCCACUGCCCUAGCUAAGCUUUGCUGCCAACUUCUUGCUUCCUUUGCUGGCAAGGUUUAUCCACCCUGACUAUUGGGCAGAACUGGGACUGCCUUCAAGGGGGGAGGGAAGCACAAAGUCCGUUCCAGAGCUGAAGUAUAUUGAAAUGUUCCUUUGCACUGUGCUCCUGGGGACAAAUAGGGCUAGCUUUGUGCUAUAAAAAAGGUGGGAUAUCACAAAGCAGCUGCUGAAAGAAGCUGCUUUGUGUUUGUUUUUUUCCCAAUCCCAUACAUCCCAGAGCAUGGUGCAAAGGGGUGUUUUGUUGUGUUGUGGCCCCUUUAAGCUGCUUUGUCCUCCUUUGGCAACUCAGCCCAACCCCAGGCCUGACAUACCUUGUCAGCAAUAGAGC